AUGUCAGCACAGACCCUACGCAUCGCUUCCGCCUCCGGAUCCGUCACGGAUCGACGACAUGCCCUGGCGGAGCUGGCCCGAGAUGAGGACGUUCAGUUUAUUGUCGGUGACUGGAUGUCCGAGUACAACAUGACCACAAGGGGAGGAGCCAAGGCGAACGGCAACCCCGUCUCCUCCGAGUUCGAAACCAGCUUCAUGGAGGCGAUCGAGCCGGCAUUGGAGGAUCUUGCCAGACGAAAGAUAAGAGUAGCAGUUAAUGCAGGUGCCAGCGACACGAAAAAGCUGCAUGAUGCAUUGAACGAGGUGAUUCAAGCGAAAAAUCUGGACCUCAAAGUUGCCUGGAUCGAAGGUGACGAGGUGACGGAUCUGUUUCAGCAGUCGGUCAAAUCAGGAAAUGCUUUCAAGAAUCUUACCACAGGGAAGCAGCUUGCGGACUGGGAAUUCACCCCGAUCUAUGCUCAAGCCUACCUCGGAGCAUGGGGCAUCGUCGAGGCUCUCAAGGGAGGGGCUGAUAUUGUGCUUUGUGGUCGAGUCACCGAUGCGUCUCCGACGAUCGCAUGUGCUGCCUUCUACCACGAUUGGACGCGUGAAAAUUACGAUCAACUGGCGCACGCAUUUGUGGCCGGCCACUUCAUUGAAUGCUCGACCUAUGUGACUGGCGGUAACUUUUCUGGAUUCAAGUCCCUACCGGGAGCCUCAACCGACCUGGCCUUUCCCAUUGUAGAGAUCAGUCCCCAGGGGGAGUUCGUGGUGACGAUGCAAAAUGGAAAGGAUGGAGUGGUCACGGUCGAUACAUGCAAGGCUCAGCUCCUCUAUGAGAUUCAGGGCCCACUGUACUACAACCCCGACGUUGUUGCUGUGCUUGAUGGCAUUGUGAUCAAGGAGGACGGCCACAACAGAGUUCAUGUCUCGAACGUCAAGAGCAUUAAGCCUCCUCCCACCACAAAGAUUGGACUCACCGCAAUUGGAGGAUUCCAGGCAGAAGUUCAUUACUUCCUGUGUGGUCUCGACAUUGAAGAAAAGGCAGCACUGCUGGAAAAGCAAGUACGCCACUUGCUAGACGAAACCCAGUUCCAUACCUUGAAAUUCCGAGUCAACGGAUCCUGCCCUUCGAAUCCAUCGAGCCAGGACGCCUCUACGGUCGACGUGCGCAUAUUCGCCCAAUCUCGCUCAGAGGAGGCUCUUUCUCAGGCCAACUUCUUCCGCCCAUGCACCGAUACAAUCAUGCAGAGCUAUCCAGGAGCCACAUUUGCGGUGGAUGCUCGCCAGGCGGCACCCAAGCCGUACUACGAAUACUUUGUCUCCAUCUUCCCCCAGGACCAGAUCCGCCACGUUUGCCAUCUUCCAUUUAAGGGGUCCAGUAUCAACAUCGAACCACCAAAGGACACUGUUCCAUUCCAGUACGACCAGGCCACAUACGAGACCAAGAGCCCGUACGACUUGUCAGUGUUUGGACCGACAACCCGUGCACCCCUGGGCUACGUGGUCCACGCUCGCUCAGGCGACAAGGGAUCCGACUGCAACGUUGGCUUCUUCGUGCGGAACCGUGAUGAAUGGGACUGGCUGCGCUCACUGCUCACGGUCGAGAAGAUCCGAGAGCUCCUGGGCCGUGAUGACGAGGGGAAUGCUAUCUUCCGGUUCGAAUUGCCACACAUUUGGGCUGUACAUUUCCUCCUGAAGGAUCACCUGGAUCGUGGCGUUUCCUCGAGCUCGACCUACGAUGUGCUAGGAAAAAAUCUCGCCGAGUAUUUGCGCUGCAAGUGGGUGGACAUUCCGGACAGGUUCUUGGCUCGGGGCCGGAUCUAG